AAAUGUUCGUUCUUUAUGUGCUCCAGUAUAUCACUUUUUAUUGUCCUGCAGAAUCGAUGCAUGAAUUAUUUUGAGGUUCUCGAGUAACACUUCGGUUCUAUUCCAGUGGGAAAAAGUUGUUAAUAUUUAACGAAGAAGAAUUUAUUAACUUUCAACAACUAUUUAUAUAAGUAAAAUAUAUUUAGAUAGAAUAUAAAUAAAGUAUAAAAAAUAUAUUUCAUCUUUUUUAAUUUUAGUCGAUCAAUUUAUUUAUCAAGUUAUGAACAAAUUAAAUUUGCAAGAUAAAAUGAGAUGAAAACAGAAGGAGGCGACAAAAAACAAUGUUAUUUUAAUUUUCUACUUCAUCUAAAAUUUAAAAUUCCUUGUAAUAAAUAUUAUAUCGCUGGUAAUAAUAAUAAUAUAUAUUAUAUUAAUACAUAAUUAAUUAUUUUAAUUUAACACGUUCAAUACACGAGUAUUAUAUAUAUAUAUAUGUACGUGUGAUUUCAAUAUACGUUCAAAACCAUAACUUCUAAGUAACACGUUAUUAAUACGUUACUAAUAACAACAGGUGCCGCAAUUAGUCACAUUUCGUAUAUACUCCAAUAGAAAUUUUAUCAUCGAAAGUCAAGUUGGGAAACAAGUUCUGCCCAGUUUUCUAGCCACAAACGUCCAAUUGAUCGGUCACGUUUCCUUUCCGGGUGAACCUAAUCUAACCUUGUUUGCAAACUUCUCCCCGUCGCCAGAGAAACUUUAGUCGACGGCCGAUUUUUCGCGUAGCUCGUACAUUUUCCACGGGACGUUUAGAGGGUAUUAUUUUUAAUCUCGAGAAUCGUCGCAUGAAAAAGUAGGAUGUUUCAAUGUGUCGCGGGAGACGAUGAUUCGCAUACGUGAGGUGAAUAACCGUGAGUAAGUGUACGCUUCUCGUAAACUGUUCGUUGGAAGCAAUAAAAAUUCAGUUAGUUGAUGCGUGACGUUUACGGUCAUUCCUCGGCGCGACAUGCUGGAAAAAGUUCGUAAUUGCGUAUCAUCUAAUUUUUGCUUCGAAAAUAGAGAUAUUUCGGGCAGUUUAAAAUAUUUGAAGAUAAUUAAUAAAAUUAUUUUAAUACGUAAAUUUUAUUUCAAAAUUGGUAAAAAUUUUAACAAAGAUCGCACUCUUUCUUUAUUAAUAUUUCUAUCGUCGAGAUCUAAGAAGCAUAUUAUAUCGCACUGCGUGUCGCCAAAUUCUUCGAUCUGAAAACGAAAACGAAAACGGCAUCAAUCGCGGAAUCGUGGGGCAAUCCGCGUUACACCACACUGUGUCCGGGUUCACAGUGCGUGCAUAGGUGUGUAUACAACCGCGUAUAAACAGGCCGCGUAUUUUUAGCGUGGACCCGUGUCAGAUUUCUUGUAUACUCGAUACACACUGUAAACUCGGUGGUGCGUAGACUCACGGGGGAUGGAUGGACGGAUGGAUGGAUAGAUGGUUGGUUGGUUGGUUGGUUGGUUGCCAUGCCUACGUUUCCCUCGAUAUCUCGUCUCUUCCAUUUCCUUCUCUGUCCAACUCUCUGCACGUCCGUCGCUUCGUUCGAUACCUAACCUUCCUUCUCGCCUCUUACAUUGUCGCCUUGUUGUAAUAUUUAUUCGUUAUAUAUCCCGAAGCCAUUAAUGAUUAAUUUUGUAACUUUGUAAAUUGGUACAUUUUAAUGAUUUAAUUAUUAUAUUAUUAUAUGAGCUUAUUAUUUUGUUUUAAUUUAUUUUAUUUAUGAAUUUAUGUGUAAAUGUAUGAUUCUAUUCGUUUAAAUAAAUAGAUAAAUAUUUCUUUUUAAAAUAUAUUUUCAAUUCAUUAUUUGACUUUUGAGAUCAAGAAAUAUAGUAAAAGUAAAAACUUCUCGAAAAUCAUGACCAAAGUCAUUUAUAUAAUAAGAAGUUUAAUUCCAAUAUUGGCUCGUUCUAAGCAAAUUCAGCCGGAAUUCUUUUAUAUUGUCGAACAAUAAAUAAAUAUUUUAUAUUUUCUAAAAUAAAUUUUUUUUCAAGUAUUUAUUUUAUUUUUCUCUAUAAUCAUCAAAAAAAUAUAUAUUCUUCCUUAUUUGUUUUCCUAUUUUCUACUAGACCAAUUAACAAUCUUUUAGAAUGAAAUUAUUUAUUUAGUAACUAAACUUGUCUGUCCAAUCUUGUAUAUUUACUACUUUUUAUUUUCUGUUCCCUUUUUCUUCGUUUUAUGAUCAAGAGAAAAGUAAAUAAACAUAGGGAACUAGACUCACAUAUGUAUGUAUCUGUGAAAAAUUCAAAUCUCCCUUUUCUUUGUCGGGAAGAAUUCAUCCGAAAUUUGAAACUAAAAAAUAUAGUCAUUUUAAUAUUAUAAUGUAUAAUAAUGUAAAUUGCAUAUAUUUGCAUAUAUUUUUCAAACUGAAACACUACACUAAUAAAUUUCUUCAAAUACUUGGAGUCUCGAUUCCUCUUUGUCUCCCACUACCUGUCAUUCUUUAUAUUCGUCGCGUCAGCAAAGACGAAAGAAGGUUAGAAUUUCGUAUCCGUUGCAGAUACGAAUACACGUAUAUUCACGGCUGGUUGCGAACUGCGAGCUUAUAACGAAUAAAUACUGCAUCAUUUAUGGUUUCCCGGUUUUGCUGAAUCCGCGAAACAACGCGACUUUUGACGAGAUUGUCAAAAAUCGAAGCGACCUUCUCGAAUCGCUCGAGAAGAUUUAGUGUUUAAGCUGUCAUCGAACCGAAACCGUGACGCAGUCUCUCUUUUGUACUCUCGCUGAAUUUUUUACGUUCCAUGUUUCGUCCCUGAGAGUAGAGAACGUUCUUUCACGCUUGCUACUCUUGCCGCGAUGCGCAUACUCUGUAUAUUAGCACGUGAAACAAACCGCAGUCGUUUAGUCGCGAUGUAAACGAUGUGUACGAGACGCGGAGUGUGUUUGGUCUAAGGUUGCGUGGAUAUCGAGAUCCAGAAACUUUACGCGAAGUGUAUGCGCGCGCAGCGGUUUUGUUUGGGCAGUCGAGCCAUAAAAUCAUGUUUCACGUGCGAGAGAACAUAGCGAAGGAUCGUAUGGUCACGCGCGGCCUUCGUUGUAAGAAUACGAAAGCUUUUUAACGACUUUUUUUCGAACGAUCGAAUGUCGAAAUAUCGAAGAAUAAAGGUAUAAUCAGUCGCGAAGGUCUUCGUACACUGUCUUAGGAAGGAAUUGUCGGUUGCGCAGGACGCGAUAUUUACCCGGGAAGCUUGCGAACAUGAAGUGAGAGAGUCGAGUUUUCAUCAGGGAUGAACUCCUGACGAGAGAGCAACGUCAUCAUUCGUCAUGAUGGAACCACCAGUUACAAGCAAAGUCCUGCGGGCUCCUAGCCUGAAGAGAGGUCAGGAGAACGUCAGGAUUCAGGAUAGGAUCAAGCUGGAACGCGUGCUCGGCGUAACCGUGUCGAGCAAUGCAGCCCUGGACUGCGACGCGACCAGCGAGCUAGUCGCCUAUCCUGCCGGCUGCACCGUAGUACUGUUCAAUCCACGGAAGAAUACCCAGGCUCACGUGUUGAACGCUUGUCGUAAAACAGUUACCUCUUUAGCGCUCGCUGGCGAUGGAAGGUUUCUGGCGACUGGCGAGUGCGGCCAUAUGCCAAACGUCCGCGUCUGGGACAUCUCUGACCCAUACAAUGCCGUGCAGUUCGCCGAAUUUUCCGGGCACAAAUAUGGCAUUAAUUGCGUGGCAUUUUCACCGAGCAACAAGUACGUGGUAUCGGUGGGUUCUCAACAUGAUAUGAUCGUCAAUGUCUGGGACUGGAGGAACAAUAUUAAAGUGGCGUCAAACAAAGUCUCGAGCAAAGUGAAGGCCGUAUGCUUCGCGGAAAACGGCAAUUACUUUGUUACCGUCGGUAACAGACAUGUCAAGUUUUGGUAUCUCGAAUAUUCGCGCAGUGCCAAGUAUAAGGAACCUGUGCCUUUGAUGGGUCGGUCUGCCAUAUUAGGAGAGCAAAGAAAUAACGAUUUCGUGGACGUAGCCUGCGGUCGAGGAGAAAUGGCAGAUUCCACAUAUGCGAUUACGAAAACAGGCCUUCUAUGCGAAUUCAAUAACAGGAGGCUCUUGGAUAAAUGGGUAGAACUUCGUACGAGCAGUGCCAAUUGCAUGGCCGUUGGAGAUAAAUACAUUUUCAUCGGUUGUGCAGAGGGAAUUGUGAGGUGCUUUAGUCCUAACACGCUUCAGUUCAUUACCACCUUACCGAGAACACAUUACCUGGGCGUGGACGUUGCUCAGGGAUUGUCCAUUAGCCAUAUGUCUCAACAUCCAACAAAUGCAAGGUAUCCAGACGCCAUCGCCUUAGCAUUUGACGAGCGAAACAACAAGCUCACUUGUGUUUACAACGAUCACAGUAUCUACGUUUGGGAUGUACGAGAUAUCAGACGAGUCGGCAAGUCGCAUUCCUUCCUUUACCAUUCGGCCUGCAUCUGGGGAGUCGAGAUGUAUCCCACUGGAUCGGAUUCCGUGGGCGCCAUGCCGGCUGGUAGUUUCAUCACGUGUUCCAGCGACGACACCAUCCGCGUGUGGAACCUUGAAAAGGACAUAACCUCUAAUGACACGCUUUACAAACGGAACAUCUACAGCAACGAGCUACUCAAGGUUCUCUACAUAGAUCAAGAGUUAACUUAUUUAAAAGAUUUGGAUCUGGCCGCAGCUGGAUCAACGGAAAAGAGCGACGCUUCGUAUGAUAGUCGGAACGGUGUUAGAUCGAUCAGAAUCAGUCCUGAUGGAAAACACUUGGCAUCUGGUGAUAGAUCUGGUAACAUACGAAUUCAUGACCUCUCUUCGUUGGACGAAUUGUGCUUGAUCGAGGCACACGAUGCGGAAGUGCUUUGCCUCGAGUACUCCAAGUUCUCCAGAUACUCGACGGAACCUCCUAGAUUGUUAGCCAGCGCUUCUAGGGAUAGAUUGAUUCACGUGUUUAGUGUAGAUCAAGGAUACAACUUUUUACAGACGCUGGAUGAUCAUAGUUCUUCCAUUACUGCCGUCAGAUUCUUCAAUCAGAGCAAUCAGAAUAAUCAGAUACAGAUGGUGUCCUGCGGUGCCGACAAAAGUAUUAUUUUUAGACAACUGCAAUCGACACCAGGAGGAAUGCCUCAAUUUGCCAGGGGUCACAAUGCUCAGGGAAAAACUACUCUCUAUGACAUGGAAGUCGAUUCUGGACAAAAACAUGUUUUAACUGCCUGUCAGGAUAGAAAUAUAAGGGUUUAUAAUGUAACUACGGGCAAGCAUAGCAAAACGUUCAAGGGAUCUGUCGGCGAAGAUGGAUCGCUUAUCAAAGUCGUUCUGGAUGCAUCAGGAAUUUACGUAGCUACCUCAUGUACGGAUAAAACGUUGUGUGUAUACGAUUACUAUAGCGGCGAAUGCAUGGCUACCAUGCUUGGUCAUUCGGAAUUGGUGACAGGGCUGCGUUUCAGUCCCGACUGUCGCAACCUCGUAUCCGCUAGCGGCGAUGGUUGUAUAUUUGUCUGGCGUGUUCCACGCGAUAUGGUUGUGACUAUGCAGGCACGUCUUGCUCAACAAGCAAUGCGAGCUGGAAAGAGGCCAUCACAAGUAAACGGCACAGGAAUCGAUAUACAACUGGACAACGAAACUUUUGGAUCACCUCCACCGGAAUUCUUAGAUCCAAAUGCCAAUCCAACGUCGCAAAACGUAGGCGUGGAUUACAGAUUUAGUGUAGGCCAGUUGCCUCUUUGGGCGAAAAAACAAAUAAAUACUGCGAACGCGGAUGAGAGUACCGUCCUUGGCUCGAAUGUCAGAUCUCUUGGCGUGGACUUGCCGAAGGGCAGAUGGGCGCAAAGAGUCCAGCAAGGAGAUGGUAUAACUGUCAAGUCUGUCUAUGAUAGCGAUGAGGUUAUACCUUUUCCUCCACCUCGUGGUGCGAUCGAUUCGGAUGGUGGUGGAGGAGGCGGGGGAUCGAAAGAUAGCUCGAUCGAUAGUGGAACUGAAACCAAGUGUAGCAGUGAUUAUCGUAGAGAAACAAUUAUUAUUAAAAGGGAAGAGGAUGAAACUAUAUUUCAACCUUGUCCAGAUAGUUACAGAGAAUUAGCAGAUGAAACGAAACAGGUGAUCGGUGGUAACGUGACUGUAACUAGAGGUAGCAAUAUCACGGAAUUGACACGACAAUCAAGGAGUCGUCAUCAUACCGACGAUAGCAGUCUUGGCAGCUUUAAAUUUGAGGAUCAUGAAAGUACCGAGCAUGAUGGAGACGUGGAAGAUUAUUCCGAGGGAGAGAAUGGAACAACUGGUUCAGAAAAGUCUCAUCAUAGAUUGAUGUAUUAUCCUGCACCAGAAGAUACAGUUUCGAAUCAAUUUACUGUAAAUGCGAUGGACGUAGAAGAGCUUCGAAGGUCUCAAAGGAGGCAAAAAAAACCAAGAAAUGGAGAAAGUGGUCGAACGAGCGAGUUAACUGCUUCAGGCAGUCAGGACGAUUCGGAUUCCGAGGGUGGCGCUUCGACACCUAGUGCUGAACGAAAUCCUCUGUCCAUGCUGUCGGAAGCUAGUUCAGAAGGAUUCGAUCAAUUAGCUAAACAGAGUCAUCGCGAAAAAUUUCUUAAAAAUGCUUUUGAAUCUCUUAGCGGUGCCGAAGAACCUACGAAUAGAAGCGCCAAAACGACUAGUAUCAGUUCUCAGUUCCAUGGAAGACUUAGCAGCGGUGGCGAUAAUGGUAGUAAUAAGGUUCGCAACGCUGCAGUAGUGAAUGCAACGAAACAAGCAAGAGGUGACGCAGAUGUUGUAAAGAAGCGCGAAGAAUUACAAAGGAGAAUAGAGGAAACUAGAAGGAAAUUGCAAAGUGUUGGCUAUAAAUCAUCGUUGAAAACAAGUCAAAGUAUAACCGAUUUGAGCAGUCAUAUACCGGAGAAACAUCAUCGUUCAAAUAGAUUAAGUACAGGUAACAAAUCUGGUCAACAAAAUCAAUACUCGAAACCGAUUAAUCCCUGUAAACCUAUGCCGAAUCCAAAGCCCCCAUUAAAACCUCAACAACUCGUUAACAAAAUAUCAGGUGUGGGUAAUGCGCUACCUAAGUUAGAUAUUUCGACUGAAAACUGCUUAUCCAAAAGCCCGACUACGUCGUGUAUAAGUGACAAGACAAAGCCAUCUCUUAGUCGACCGUUAACAUUAACUUUAAAGAAAACUGAAAAGUAUAAGCUAUCGCUGAACAAACCAAAUCAAUCUUUACCCGACUCGCCUGUCUGCGAAGAGUUAAAGCUCUUGAAGGAACAGUGUAAAAAGAAUGUCAGUCGAUUCGCAAGAUUCGCGCAGAAAAGACGAUCGUGCAGCUAUUUCAUCGGUCUCGAUGAUAAUGAGGAAGACAUGGAGAAUAUAGCCAAGUCUUUCGAGAGUUUGCCCGCCAUGAAUGAGCGUAACAUCGAAAAUUUGAAUGAUGUAAUGGACGAUGGGGACGAAGGAAAUGGAAACUUUAGCGAUGACUCUCUGGAAGGUGAUUUUAAAAAUCCACCUCGUCGAUGCGUCAGCGACUACCAGAUAAAUAAUAUGCACAUGGACAAUCAAGCUACGCAAAGAAAUUAUUCGACCUAUCAGAAUUUUCCUAAACGGAUUCUAACUGGAUCCCAAGAGAGCAUCCUUUCAGAUGCCUCCGUGGAAUCUUUCUCGAAAGGAAGCGCUGAGAUUUUGGAUUACAGUCACUAUGACAACGACAGGCAUUCAAGCGCAAGCUUCUUCUUGUCUCGUCGAAAGAUGCAAGCUGGUCGAAGCCACGAAAGCAUUUUGACAGAUGAGUCCGAUUAUCAAAUGUUCCCGUUACACGAGAACAUUGAUCACCGAAGUACCGAGAGUGUGCUAACUGACGAUUCAGACUCUUUGGUAAAAUCUGCGCCAUUAGAAAUGCUAUUCGAUUCUCAUUACAAACGAAAAAGGCAAAAUUCGGAAACAUACAGCGGUAAUCCUAACAAUGCCGUAGAACAAUCAAAUAAUACUGAGAAUGUCGUGAACGAUUCGUCUUGUCGGGCGGUGUUUAGAUCAAAAUCGCUUCAAGAUACGCGAAUAAGUCAAGUGAGGAACGAAAAUAAUUAUAGAGAGGACAAUGUCCAACCUGCAACAUGUAUUUAUUACGAGUUCAACUUCAAUGAUCAAAAUGACACGAAUGUCGAAAUGAGGAUUGGAACGAAAUCGGAUGCGAUCUCACGAAGCAGUAGUUUGAAAGUGCCGAAAGAACCACAAUCGAUGCUGAUUCUGAACGAUUUCGUGGCCCAUAAACCGCCCAAGCCUAAACGGAAUUCCGCUCGAACACAAAGUAUGCGGAACAGGGCACGCCCCGCGUGGAACAAAUAUGUAGAUUCAACGCCUCAAUCUUCCCGUGUUAAAUCCACAGAAUCCGACGAUUACACAACAAACAAGUCUCGUACAGAGGAUCGAACAGUAAGAAACGAUACAGAUGCAAAGUCUGAUGGGAACGAAAACUUGCAUACUUCCAAAAGAAUCGAGCAGUUACUACAAUCUUCCAAUUAUUCUUUACAGGGCAGCGAAGAUAAAGACUCGAAAAUCAAAUUUUACAGCCUACAAACUCGACGAUCUGACAAAGGUAUCGUCUACGAUGCUGGUGGUCCAAUGGACAACUUUGCUUUCGAUCCAAACGAUUCUCAAACGAAAAGUUAUCAGCAGGAUCAAAUAGACACUCCACAUACGGAUCGACGUUGCUGCUUUGAGUCCCAAAUUCCAACGAAAGAUACUCAGGAAACUUACGACUCUUUGGAGCCUAAUGGUGCCAACUGUGACUUACAGACAACGAGUAUGCAGACUGCAUCCAAUUUAUUGAGUACGAAUGCACGUAUCGACAAUUUAGAUGCGAGUGUUGAUCUCAGAAUCACUCGAGCCAUCGAAGGAACAGUGAAGUUGCUCUCAAAGGAAUUUGAGAAUUUAGUGAGAAGAGAGCAAUAUUUUAUGAAAGAGAAAUGUCUGCGUAUGUCACACUGCCAAGAAACGAGCGAGAACUUUGCCAAAUUGGAGGCGGAAAGAGACGGUAGAUUUUGUUCUUUGAGACGUGACAUUAGAUUUCAUUCUGGAGGUGAGGAUAGCGAUUUUGCGGAUACGUCUGCUAUAGACAGAUCGAUGAUGGAAAGCGGUUCCUCAACGUCCGCCUCGAGUUGUACCAAUUCACCAAAAAGAAUGUGGCCGCCAGCCUCGCGAUGUCAGAGUCAUAUGAAAUGGACUAAAACGUUACCCACCAUUAAUCAAGUCAUACUGCCAUCUAAACAUCUUUAUGCAGUUUCAGGGAAAAUAGGUAAUAAGAAUACGAAUGCUUCGACGAGAAGUGGAUUAGGAAGUGCAAAUAUCGGUAAUCAAUCCCGGCAUACUUCAACGAAAAAUCAUUCCUCACACAUGACAAGAAGUAGUAGUGUUGGUGUUUUAAAUCAGAGUGAUUCCGAAUCAGACGUUGGAGCGGGAAAUGGUAGAAGCUGGAAUAAUCAAGCAGGAAAUAAUAGAAUCAAUGCAUUAAUGAGACCAACAAUUAGUUCACAGAAUAAAAUCAAUCAUCAAAUAAAAUCUAACUCUUCUUCCAAUAGUAAUUUACCAUCAGUUCUUAGAAGAAGAGGCAUGCAGGGUGCAUAUUCAAGUGUAAAUUUAAGUCAAGUGGGCAAUCAAGAAGAUUCAAGUUCGGAAGACACUUCUUCUAACGGAAACGGGGGAAAACCAGCUCUUCCUCCGAGACCACGAAGUAUCAGUAUUGAUCAUUCUGCUGCAAACUUAAGUUUACCUACAACAGUAAGAAGAUCGGGAUCAACAACAAUUAUAUCUAAUGGUCGCAGUGGAAAUAGCACAAUAGGACAAAAUGCAAACAGAAUGUCAACAGCUAAUCGUAAUCAAUUAGAUCCCAGUCCUCAAGAACUUCCAGUUAAAGAUACAGAUCGUGCCAUUGAUGUAGCCAGUGCUGAAUUGUCAACGCAACUGUGCAAUACGAUCGCAGAUGAAUUAACACGAACAGCAGACAAUGUUGUGCAACUGUACAAACGUUUAACAAUAGAUAAUGAGGAUGAUCCAUCUCGAGCGAGCAUCGAUAGGGAUACGAUGCUGCGUGGACUCGAAUCAUCAGUAAACGAGACAAUGCGCACGUUACGAUUAGUCGUUUCAGGCGAAAGUCACGAAGGUACAACAAGUUCUGAAAAUGUUACGAUAAAUGAGGCCACCGCCAAGUUCCAAGAGCUGCUUGCCGGCCAAGACCAAGGAAAAGUGGUUAAUAUGAUGCAGCAAUACUCCGAGUUGCUCCUGAACAUGAUGCAACAAAGAAUGGGAGGGGCGCAAUCGAGCCAUACAUAAAAUCCGUCCAUUCGCUAGUUCUCCAAGGAAAAAACGAUCAGGACACUCAACUACACACGGUACCGUAUGUACCAAUACAAAAAUUAAAUCUUCUCAAUCUCUAUAAUACCCAUCUUAAAAAUAUUGAGACAUGUGAUUAUUUAAAAUCCUGAUUUUCGGCUCUAUUUUUUAAAUUCUCUCACUAUAUUUUGAGAGCAAAAACAAUUUUGUGAGCACGCAGGAUAAAAGAUAUAACUUAUGAACUAUAUUUUAAAUAAGCAAAACUAUUGUUUUGUUAUAGACAUAUUAUGAAGUUGAUAAUUCAACAAAAAGAAUUGAUCGUUUAAAUAUCGAUAUUGAAAUCUUAUUUUUUCUCUCUCAAAGCAACAUCUUUGUUUUCAAUUGAAUAAGUUUUGAAUUUUUAUCUAUAAUUGUGGUAUAUUCUGUACUGGAUAGUGUUUGUAGCCAAAGUUAGUAGAGUAUUUAUCAAUUUCGUAUGACCAAAUAUAAAAAAUUUACGGAAGUUUAAACGGGCUAAUUGUGCGAUUAUCAUAAAUAUUCCAUUUCGAAAUUAAUUUUUAUUUAGGAAAAAAAUUCUUCGAAACUUUGUCCCAUUUGGAAGAAAAUAUUGACUGCGUGCAACUUACUCGUAUCUUGAGGCCAUACGCCGUUAAAUGCCAAUUAACUAAAGACUCUUAGAUUAGUUUCCAAAUAAAUAUAUAUAUAUACAUAUUUAUAUAUAUAUAUAUAUUUAUCGACUACGCGCGAUACAUCAUAAUAAUUUUAGUCUUCUUGUUAUAUAAUCAAAGGUUGUUCAUACCUAUGGUCUAAAACGCAACCUCUCUUCCUUCCCUAACGUUUAAAAAGCUUCGAUGAAACUGUAAUAAACGUAUACAGUAAGCGAUGUAAACUUGCCAGUUCGAGAAAAAAAAAGAGCAUCUAGUUACUAAUUAAUGCAUUUAGAAAGAAAAAAAACCGGCUUUGUAGACUUAUUCCGUGUGUCUAUCAAAGAUAAAAUAUGGACGUGUGAUUUUAUAUCAUUAUCUUUAAAUCGAAUAUAAUCAUAAAAUAUCAUUAGAGAGCAUCUUACAACAAUUUUAAUUUAUAGAAGAAUAUUGUAAAAUAAUUCCAAAACAGUAAACCAUAAAUUUUAAGAUCUAAUCUUAAUCUAAGAAAAAAAACGAAGAAUUCAUUUUUCGUCGAUGAAUUAAUUUAAAAUGAAUCUACGAUGGAUACGCGGAAAACUAUGCUAUGUUAGCUGCAUAUUUUGUCAUAGAAAUUACAAAUAUUUUUACACGCGAAUAAUGUCAAGAGAUAUGCAAGGCAAAAAGUUCCAUAAAGUAUCGUAAACUUUUGUUAGAAGUUUGUACUGAAUUUGUGAAGACAAAACGGGCUUUACAAGGAAGGAAUUGCAUCGAGGAAUCAAAGUAUUAGGAACACACGUAUUAUUAACAAUUUUAACUUUUAUUAUAACGAUUUCAUUUCUCUGUUUAAUUAAUUUUGUAAUUACUUUUUUUCCUCUAUGUAAAGUUUUUCAUAUUGUAUGUAAUGUAUAAAACGUGCCAUUUAGGUUUAAUCAGCAUCGCUCACAUAUACUUUCUACGAGAAUGUUCUAUUGCUUUUUUUAGGUAUAUAUUAUUAAUUUUUUUUUUUUUUUUGUUAAUACACAUGUAACAUAUUUUAUUAGUAUCGUUUUACGCGAACAUAGGCCUAAUAUUAUUUUGACGUGAUUAUAUAAUUUAUUAGAAACAAUUUAAAAAAUGACUAUUAAUUAAUUAACUGCGAUUUCAUUAAUAUUUCAUGAAAAUCACUUUUUUUUCUUUUUAUCAAUAUUUAAUUGAAAAAAUCAUUGUUUCCUUUAAUCAUGUAAUCUUUGCUAGCGCAAAAAAUAACUUUUUAUGGAAGUGACAUUAUUAUUCUUGAAUAAUACAGAUCAACACUUUUACCGUCCAUUGUUUUCAUAUUUUUCGACGAUUAUAGUCAGCAAAUAAUUGAAAUAUAUAUAGCUGUAUUAAUAGCGAAUAUAAAUCAAUUUAUUGAAAAUCAAAAAUAUCGUUUGUAGCAUUUACAUUAUGGUUAUCAUAUAUCAUAACUGCCUCUGCCUCUGAAAUCUUAUUAUCUUAGAAAAUCGAGGCUAAUCUUUAACUUCAACGAGAAAAGUGUUGAUCACUAUUUAGUAUAGCAUUAUGUAUUCUAGAAACUAAAAUAUUUUAUAUUCGAUGUCAGCAUUUUUGUAAUACAUAAACGUUAGCGUAUAAAUCAUGGAAGUGAACGUACGUUAAAAACGGAAAAUGUGUCGAAUCUCGUCUCAUACAUCUCGUAUAUUUACCCAGCUUUGCGUGGUAAUGAACCAUUCCAAAUUUCACUCUCUCAGUGUAAUAAUCAUCAAAGACAUUUAAAUACUUUUAACUUAUCAUAAAGAUGAUUAAUGGCUUUGUAUAUUUGUUGUAUUUGUUAUAUUUAGAUUUAUUGUUUUAUAAUAUGUUAUUGGUUUCUUAAUGUGUACAUAUUUAUUUUAAAGUUUUUGCAAGAAACAAGACAAUUUGGUAAUUGUGAAUGCCAAAUGUAAUAAUUUCGUCUUAAAAGAAUGUAACUUUUUAGCACUUUGUUUUGUAUAUUAUGUUGAUAAUUAAUAAUAUAAUAAUUCUUACAAACCGAA